GAAUAUGGCCAAGGAAGGGAGUGACCGGCGUUUUACAUUAGUCGCGGCAUCUCGACCUGUUUCUGCCCCUCGUUAUCUGAUCUACACCGUGGAGAAGUUUUAUGAGGAGCGAUAGCAGGAUGACGGUAAGGGCGCGUCGUAAGCUCCAUUGCCCGUGGGGAAGGUGGUAAUGUUUCGUUUUUCUAUCGUUUAGAAUAAACGCAUCAGCAACCACGUAAAGGGGCCUUUUCAGCUCAUGGGGAGCCCAUAUCUGCUCUUGCUGCCGCUCACAGAGGCUCAGGGAGGUGAUCCAAAUGAGAAGACGUCUGUUCUUACAUGCUACACGAACUAUUGAAGUCCUCUUAUCAUGCGAAAAUAAAAAGGUGGCUUAACAAAGUAACUGAAGAGUAUAUCGUAUAAAGACCGCGGAGUGAACUUAUUACAGCACCAAGGCUAUGACAGUGUCUUCAGAAGAUGAUGUCAACGUGCGUAGUGAGCAAUUUCUUUGAGCGUUUCCGGAAAGAAAACGUUCUGCUAAAUGUAAAACGAAAGAAAACUAUUAAGAGGGGCCUUUGCAUGUUUAAUACAGAUCCGCAUUUGUGUCUCUUCUAAAUCCAUGUGAUGGGAAGGCAUUGAUUGAUGGUAUUACACGGACGCCCCUUUCAGAGUGUGUAUAGCCAAACAACGAACCAAAACGGAGAGCUCCUCUUUUCGCUCCAGUUGAACUACUUUAUGCGGCGCGUUCACUCCAAUGGACGAACCCCCUCAGAGAUUAUGUGUAUUUGUAGUAAGCUCAGGGGUGUCUUGUGCCCGGCUUGACAACCACACGACGUGUGUUUUUUCUUCUCUCCCUCUGAUACACUUGCAAUAUGCUUUUCUUAUCGAGCAGAACUUAUUAUUUGUUGAAAAGGACUAAAGGAAAAAGAAAAAGUCGAUAUUUAGCGCGGAUCCCAUGAAAUACAUCCCACUACCGAGUUUCGAGGCGAUCAAUUCCUUGCUUUACGGCGUGGAGGCGCACGGCUGCUUGAUUACCAUCCGUCUGGAGGCCUUUACCUGCCGUCAUACCCGUGAGGAGCGGCAGAUCGCGGCGAAUUUAGCGCAGUAUCAAACCGACGUGCAGCGCACCCCGCCGCUCUCGCCCUCACCGGGAACGAACGCCGCGCCGAUGUCGAUGUUCACCGGCGAGGCGAGCUGCGUUCCCCCCCCUCUCGUCCUCGGCAGCUCCGUCGACGCCGCCCCGCUUUCGUUCUACACCGCGAACGCUCCCACGAUCUCCCCUGACGAUAUCGACGAGCGUCUGAUCUACUUCGUUGCGGCGUUAAACAGCAUGUACGGGAAGGAUGGCUACGACUUCUCCGUGCUCACCGAGAAUGAUUUUAUCGCGCACAACGAAGCCACCGUGCGGAAUGAAAUCCAACUCACGAUGCAGAGCUUCCCGGAGAGCUGCCAGCCGGCGGUGCGGAAUUUCUGGGCGGCGAUCCACGAGCAGGUAUUGGACGCCUCGCAGGGGUGUGAGGUGUAUGAGUUCAGCUGCCCGAGCUGCGAUCCACGCGCGGAGACCUCGAUCUUCUCGCAUCACUACUUUUUUUACAACAAAACGAGAAAAAUUCUCGUGACGUUGCUGGAGUACGCGGAGGGGAAUCGGUAUCGCGGCGAUGAUGGAUAUUCCGCCGCGCGGGAGGAUUGGGGGGUGGGUUAUGAAACGGAUGAACGCACACAACUCUACGCGAGCGAUCCAGAAGUCGACGACGAGAGCGUCGGCAAGAAUCGAUGGUUUUAUGGUUACUAA